CAGUGUUUCGCAAACUAAGCGAUUCAAAGAGCUUCACAUUUCCAAAACCUCACCUCCAGAGCCUCAAAAUUCAGGAAUGUCCACGACCAAAGCAAAAAGCGCCAGGAAGCAAGGUUCCGAGUCCGAGCUCGCCAGAUCGGCCAAGAAGAACCGAGUCGAGGAGGAGUUCGAUUUCGAUCUCGAUCUCUCCAAUGAUAUCAAAGGCCUUAUGUCGGCGCUGCACCAGAUCAGAGAUAAGGCUCAGAAGGACGGCCAGAAGAAGAACGAAGAGACUAUCGCCAGUGUGGCUGCUGAGAUGAAAUCUAUGAUUGAUGAGUUGAAGUCAAAAUUUGAAAAGGAUAGACAAAGUUUUGCCAAGACACUUUCAAAGAGCUCAAAAGAGUGUGAAAACUGCUUGAAGAAUGAGGCUGCAAAGUUCCAAGGACUGUAUGAGAAAUUUUGCAAGGAGAAAGUUUCCCAUCUGCAGGCCUUAAAAGACACUAUUUCAAGAUUUGAAGAAGAAAAGGAGAAGCUAUUCACACGAUAUGAACAAAUGAGGAAGAGAGAAAGGAGUAUGAUAUCUGAACAAGAGAAAGCCUGUGCUGCUAAAAUUGCUCACUUAGAGGAGUCCUUGAAAAAGAAGAAGCAGGAUGACAAAACUUUCAGCAUCCUGAGGAAGACCCUCGGUUCAUUUUGGGAGGAUGCCUCAGAUGAGGACUUCCCACCCGAUGAUUGAAGAUGGCUUCAAUAGAUAGUGCUGCAAAAAACUCUUCAUCCACGGUAAGAAAAAAAAUGGGCACGUUCUGAUUUCAUAUCCGUAAGAAACUCUUAAUAUAAGUCCUGUGCCUUCAAUUUCAUGCAAACUUUCAAACGUUAUGUUGUCUGGAUAGUCGCUUUGAUGGUUCUGUAAAUUCCCUUGAUUUCUCACA